CAGAUCAUCGCCUGCGUACCUGAGACAGACAAGGAUAGACACUACGCGAAGGUGGAGGCUAUCGACUUCCGAUUUUGUUCUGAUUCCGUGAGGGCAAGAAGUGACUGUAUAAAAAAAUGAAAAAUUUCCUUGUGUUUAUCUAGCGCGAGGAGCCGCUAAACAACUGUUAUAUCUCUAUUUAGUCUGUUAACUUUUAUCCGUAAUUAAAUAAAUGCUCUGUGACGUGGAAAACAUUCCAAUUUUCACUCAAAAUUUUUUUAAGGCUAGAAGUUUUCAAGUUAGAAUUGGCUCUUUUUUUUUUUUUUUUUUUUUUUUUGUAUAACUUUGAACAAGACGAGGUUUUCUCAUGGGUGUGUUUUGAGUGUUAUCUUAAUCACGCUAAAAAUAAGGUCGCCGCUUUUUCGGAUGGCCUAGAGUCUCCUUUUCCCAUCGAUAGAAAGACUUGUGUCAACGAUAGGGGAAUGGCCGGUUUAUCGAUUACGAGUUUCAAAGUCCGUCUCGUGUAUGAACCUUUGUGUUUAGAGGCAAAAUGAAUUUUGCGAAAUCUUGGAGCGAAUUUAAAGAAAUACUUCGCAGACACGAAGUAGAAACUGUAACAAAAUAUGUUUAUUACUAUGGAAAGUCAUUCGAUAAAGAGAUUGAACUAACUCCAGAUUUACGAUUAAACUGGUUAGAUGAUAUUCCCUAUUUCCACUUUGGGCGAAAAACCUAUGUUUGCCAUCAAGGAAAAGAUCUGAAUAAACGUCAAAAGGAAAAUUAUGCUAAAGAAAAAAAUGAAAAGUGUCAAACUGAUCAUGCUUUUGGUAAAGCAUAUUCCAAGAACCAGACAACUAAAAAAGUUAAUUGUCCAGCUGUAAUUAAUGUUACCCGAAUGUACAGGAUGCCUCAGUUCAAGGUAGUGCCAACCCGAAAAAGAAAGAUUAUGAUAUCUCGGAAAAUUAAGGAAAAACUAGCCAAUAAAGAUAGUAUUGCUGGUGAAGAAGUUUUCAUGUUUAAUUUACCUAAUAGCCAAGAUCAUCAAAAUCAUCUAAUGGGUAACAUGGCUGCAGUAAUAGAACCUAUAGAUGCUAGAGUGCGGCAUUUCAUAGCUUCUAAAGUUAAGAAUGGAAAAUGCAAUGCCACUGUAAUUGCAGAGCUAUUAGAAGUAUACGUUUCAACUGAAUUGGGAGAAACUGAUAAAACGCGCAGACGAUUUUAUCCAGAAAUGGAGGCAAUAAGGAAAAUAAUAAGCCAAGCAAAAUCCGAUAUUAGAACUAGUAAAAUUGACCAGGAAAAUACAGAAAUGUUAAUAAAUAGCUGGGAUACUUCCAAGUGUUCUGUUUUUUUUAGACCAUGUACUGAAAAUACAUAUGAUGGUACUGAGCCAAAUGACUUUACAGAUUCAAAACUAAAUCUGCUAUUUGUAUAUCAAAGUGAAGAAAUGAAAAAUUUAUAUGUCUUAUAUGGUUCUAAUCUUGUUCUUCUCGACGCGACCUAUCGAACCUGUAAGUAUGCUCUCCCACUUUAUUUUUUAGUUGUCAAAACAAAUGUGAACUAUCAAAUAGUGAGCAUAAUAAUUACACAAAAUGAAACAGCCAAAGCAUUAGAAGAAGCUCUUAUAAUUAUUAAAAAUUGGUCGCCUCUCGUUAGACCAAAAUAUGGGAUGGUUGAUUUUGCAAUGGAAGAAAUUACAAGUUUGGAAAAUGUCUUUACAGGAAUUAAGGUUUUUAUAUGUAGUUUCCAUCGAGAGCAGGCAUGGUCAAGAUGGGCUUCUAAGAAAAAGAAUGCAGUGGUUCCCAAAGAAGAGCUUUUGUGUAAAUUACGUGCCAUAGCAAAUGCUCCAACUCAAGAUGAAAUGGUUGCAGCAAUAGAGGUAUUAAAAUCAUGGAACCAAUAUGAAGCUGUGAAAGAUUAUUUUGAAUUAACAUGGUUCAAGGAAAUUGAGAGAUGGGCUUUGGCUUACAAACCAAAUGACUUAUUCAUAAACUCGAACAAUGGUGUUGAACGCUUAAAUGAGGAACUAAAAUAUAGAUAUCUUCAGGGAUAUAAAAACUGUAUGCUGUCUGAAAUAAUUAAGAUCUUGUUUGAGAAAUUUCUGCCAGAAAGAUAUAGAAUUUACGUCAGAAAAAAUCUGAGUAUGCUGUCGCAGGCCAGAUUAUACAAUGAACAUGUACCAAAUUAUUUAAUCAAUAAGCCAAAAUGGUUAAUUGAUCACAUAAAAACAAAAUUAAGAGCUGCUGAAGUUUAUGUGGGUAGCAUAAAAAAAAAAUUUCACAUGGCUUCUUUAAAGUUUCUUCUGAAACUAAGCAUGAUGCAGUUUAUUCUGUCACGUUUGAUGAACAGAAGAAACAACUGUGUCAAUGCACAUGCUUAG